UUUCGAUACAAUACAAAUGAAAUGGUGUAUUAUAAGAAUUUAAAGUUGAUUUUAUCAAUUUUCGAUAUUAAUUGAUAGAGAUUUAUCAGAGAAUUAUUAAAAGUCAAUAGUGUUUCAAAUGAAAAUCGCCCAUAAGGUCCUAUUUCGUAUAAUACGAUGAGUUAUUAUUCUCAUUCAGCAUGUCCGUAAUAGGACGUAUGUGAUUUAUUAUUUCAAUUCAAAAGAAGGAAUUUACAGUUCAACGACAAUUCCGCACGUUUCCACUGAGUAAUUAAGUGUCGAUGGUUUUUUAUUGACUUUCGACAGAUGGCGCGCGGAAUUCUUUGUCGAUGUUACAUAGAGUUGUAGGAAAAAAUUUAUUUCUGUCCUGUCUUUUGUUGACAUUACAUUCCCAAGUUCACUCAUAACUGUCAUGUCGAAAGAUGUAAACAAUAAUUUUUGCAGACUUGUAAUAAUUAAAGUCUAGGUCAUGAAUCAUUUGUUGUCGUUCCGUUCGUAUUAGCAAAUAUGGAAAACGAAAAUAAAGAGCAGAAAUACGAGAGUUUCAAAGAAUUUGAAAAACUAGCUAGAGAGAAAAAUAUCAAUCGGUUGGACAAAAGUUAUUUGAGAAGAUUUUUCGUUGGACGACAGUAUGAUACCGUGGCAGCUUUAAAAGCACUUCAAAAUUACGAAAGUUUUGUAAAAAGACGUAAAGAACGAUGGCUGACGAUGAAAAAAACAAGAAUAGAACUGUUAAUACAAUAUCAAAUUGUUGAAAUAUUAUUAAGUCCUGGUAUUCAAGGACAAUACAUUGUUUGGAUACGAUUAGAAAAUUGGGACCCUGGAACAGUUGAAGCUGACGAAAUUUUAGAGUUUUCAGGUCUACUCUGCGAGCUUCUUUACGCAGAAGCAGACGAAAUUCAUUCCAUCGACAUUAUCGUCGAUUUACAUAAUUUUUCCCUGAAACACUUAUACGGAUUAUCCCCAAAGUUUGCUAAACGAAUGGUGUUUUUUAUGGCAGAAUGUCUGCCAAUGAUUAUGUCACACAUCUAUGUAGUUAGACAACCGAAAAUAUUCUAUCUGGUAUAUUCUUUAUUUAAGCCGUUUUUGGAUGAGAAUAUUAGAAAAACUAUCAAGAUAUGUGGUCAUAAUUAUCAACUGUUGACUGGAACUAUUGGAAAACAUAAUUUACCUAUAGAGUUUGAUGGUACGGUGAAUUAUUCAAAACUUACCAGAUGGUUGAAUAUUUUUCACAACAACCGUACGCAAAAAGGUCUAAAGUUGGCUGGAUACGAAUUCGUCUGAUUUGUUCUUAAGAAAAGAAAGGGUUUUUGUAAAAAUUUUUAUUGAGUGAAAAUUUUGUACUAUUUGGAAAUAAAUGUCUACUGUAUUAA